GUCGUGCUCUUGUAGGGUCUACCCCGCGGGAGGCGCUGGAAUUCUUUCCUCGAAGUGCUAGCCAGCUGGCUUUUCUGCUGGCCAGCUGGCUGCGCAAUGGAGCUCUGGAAAAGUAGGAGAGUGUGCUGAGGUUCUAUUAGACAGCGCGAUGGGGAAGGCGGGGGCCUCUUCCGGGGUAUCUACCAGCGCCCUAAAACAUGCUGCUGAGAGUGACCCUCCCAUGUUCUCAAAGCGAGCCAAGAAGCAGGCCGCUGUGCACCACUUGACAAACUCAAAGCCAUCAGCUCUUUCUGUAGAAAAGAAUGCUGCACCAGAGGUUAUAGAUGAAGACGAGGAGAUCACUUUCAGGAAGUUGGGACUCGGCGAGUGGCUGGAUCAGACCCUCAAAGAGCUUGGGAUUGCCAAGCCGAGUCCAGUGCAGAGAGCCUGUGUGCCACACGUGUUGCGAGGAGAGGACGUGAUAGGGUGCGCUCAGACGGGGAGCGGGAAGACCGCAGCGUUUGCGCUUCCAAUCCUGCAGAAAUUGGCGGAGGAUCCUUUUGGGGUCUUUGCGCUUGUGCUAACGCCCACAAGGGAGCUGGCAUUCCAGAUUGCAGACCAGUUUCGGGCCUUGGGCUCCAAGCUCGGCCUGCGCGAUGCCGUGGUCAUUGGCGGCAUGGAGAUGACGUCACAAGCAGUGGCCCUCUCCAAGCGGCCGCAUGUCGUAAUUGCCACCCCAGGCCGCCUGUACGACCACUUUCAGAGCUCUCAGGAGAUGGCGGGAUGGUUCUCCCGCUUGCGCUUCCUGGUGCUCGACGAAGCGGACCGGCUGCUGGACGUUGGGUUUGAGAAAGAGAUGGGGGGGAUACUGAAGAGGCUGCCGCAGAAGCGGCAGACACUGCUGUUUUCGGCGACGAUGACACAGAAUCUGAGGCAGCUGCAGGACACGCCAAUGACAGGCGGCAAGGCGCCGUUCCACUUCCAGGCGUACGAGGGGUUGCGCACGGUGGAGGCCCUGAAGCAGGAGUACUUGUUUGUCCCGGCGAACGUCAAGGACGUGUAUCUGACACACCUGAUGGACGGGCUCGAGGAGCAGAAAGUGCGCUCAGUCAUCAUCUUUACGUCUACGUGCAAGUCCGCCCAACUGCUCCAGCUACUCCUGGAGGAGCUCGAGAUCUCCUCGGUCGCCCUUCACAGUGCGCGCUCCCAGAACCGGCGCCUAGCGGCCCUGGACCGCUUCAAGUCUGGAGCAGUACCGGUGCUCGUGGCGACGGACGUGGCCAGCAGGGGGCUCGACAUCCCCACUGUAGAUCUGGUCAUCAACUACGACAUCCCACGUUAUGCCAAGGACUACGUUCACCGGGUCGGACGUACAGCGCGCGCUGGGCGGGGGGGCGGGGCGGUAAGCCUGGUGACGCAGUAUGACGUGGAGCUGAUACAGAGCAUAGAGGGUCUGCUGGGGAGGCAACUAGAGGAGCGAACAGUGGUGGAGGACGAAGUUUUGAAAGGAAUUACGAAGGUGUAUAAAGCCCGCCGGGUAGCCGCUCUCAAGAUGUCCGAGAGCGGGUUCGAGGAUGUGUUAGAAGCACGCAAAAAGAGAAAGAACGGGGGACGGAGUCAGGAGAUCGAGCGGCCCAAGAGGCGAAAACACAAGGGCCGGGAAGGGAAAGGAGAUGGUUAAAAACUAAAAUCAUAACCUCUGAGCCGCAACGAAUAGGCCAGUCAUGUAUUGGCUGCAGUAGGUUGGCCGCCGCAGGUACAGAUAAACAGCUAGAGAUGGAGCGGGCGUCAUAAGAUUUGAUUCAAACCGUAUUCGCGAUCAAUCAUCAUAUUGAGCGGAGUGCCUCGAGAUAUGAUAUCAGAAAUCAUUUUUCCCCUCA